AUGCCCUUAAUUCAAACCCGAAAUUCCGGUGGCUCUGUCCACCACUUGUUGAGUGGCUCUUAUACAAACCAUACCUUGUUCUUGCUUGCGUUUGAUACGGUGGCCAAGACUCUCACUUUGAAUAACACUGUUCCCGGGUUCGGUCUUCACCAGUAUGUAACAACGAAUGCUGCACGAAACCGCAUUUACGCGACAGCUAUGAGCGAGCCGCCUCAGCUAUUUUCAUGGUCUGUCGACGAGAAUUACCAGUUUGAGCACCUGAACACGGUGAAUGUCACCUCGUCAUCAUGCUACUUCUCGGGUCAAGGACAGUACGCCUUUAGUGCCGGUGGCCCUACAGCUCGUAUCCAUAAACUCGAUGAAGAUGGAAGCAUUGCCGACCAGGUCUAUGAGAUGCUCUACGUUCCAGAACAAGAAGUGCCAAACGUCGACAAGACGCGGAACAGCGUGCUCUACGGCGCUCACGGAUUUGAUGUGAAUGUCAACAAAAAGGGCUUUGUCCCUCAUCUUGCAUUUAACUCCAUCUUUAUGUACGAUAUUGCUGAUAAUGGCACGGCAAAGCUUGACUCCAUUAAUCUCAGUCCUACUGAGGGCGAUGGGCCCCGAAACUCAUUCCCCAGCAAAGACGGCAAGCUCCUUUAUGUUGUAAACAUGCGGGGAAAGUUCACCUACCGAAGCAACACGGUGCAGCCAUCUCGUGAUGGCCAGUAUCUGUUUACUAGCACCCGCGGUUGGAACAACACCGAAGCUAAUGGAUGGGUUGCGGCCUUUCAGUUGGAUAAAAAAGGGUACCUGAAGAAAGAACAGGCUUUAACUUACUACAAGGCACCGCUUACCCUCGGGUCCGCCGCGGGACUCAGAGUUGCUUUCUGGGAAGAUGAUACAAACUCGAACCCCAAGGGACUGACCGAUUACAUGUACCUCAGUGACACAUCCAAGGGGUAUAUGUACAUUCUCGGCUGGACCCCGUCAAGUAAAACCAUUUCGGAGGUGGCCUCGUUGCAAUACCCUGAAAACUCAAGCCCGUAUGAGGCUGUUUGGUUGGACUAG